UUUAAGAGCACAGGUCCACUGACGAGUGGACACAUUUGUACAUUUCAACGUGACAGCCAAGUGUCUCUUCUCUCCAUCAUCAUGGUGUCCACCUUCAUCUUGAUGUUAAUCGGCUGCAACUUCCUGGUCGCAAGAGCCUCAGUGCCCCAAUGUACGCCCAAUCCGUGCGUGAACGCAGGCGUGUGCUACACAUGCAGAGCCGGUACGGAUCCAACUGACGUGAUGUACCGUUGCGAAUGUCCAGCCGAAUACUCGGGCGAGUUUUGUGAAACACGGAUUUCUGCCGAUUGUCCGCCCACUCCAGCCUGCUCCGACGACUGUCUCCGAAGGGACGAAAACGGCUGUGACAUAUGCAUCUGCUUCUAGUAGACGACGCGGCCUGAUUUGACUUCCUGGUAUCACACGAGUCAUAGAGGGCGCUCGUGCAACAAAACGAAUUCUGGAAACCGAAAUUCGAAUUUGAAUUUUUCAAGUUGUUCAAAUACAGUCUGAGGUCUUUAAUAGAAAUGUAUGAAUCUGGUAAUGUUUACACUGGCUCGUUGCUCUUUCUCCGUGAGAUCACUUUAAUUUAAAGCUUUGUUAUAAGGUGCAAAAUCAUUGAAGUAGGCCUAUGGACAAUUUGCUUGACCACUUUGUUUUUAGGUUCUAAAUUUUUCCACUUGGAACCGACUGAAUUCGAAUAAAAAUUUAUGGUUUAAGGCAGCAAGUUGCCUCAAACCAUAAAUUUUUAUUCGAAUUCAGUCGCGGAGUUCAGUGUCCAUAGGGAGGCAAUAAAAAUUCGGGUCGCUAAGGAAACCCGAAAUUACAAACGUAAAUGCAAACGACUUCAAAGUGUAUCACUCCAGACUUGACACUCUAAGUCUUAUCCGAUGCAUGCUUUCCAUAUUUGUUGGUUUCUAAAUGUCCAUUUUAAUUAAUCAUGUAGCGACGCACGAGUCGAGUGUGAAUUUAGUCCGCGAUGACACAAACUGAAAUAUUAUUUUUUAUCGAUGGAUUUGGGAUAUGUCACCAUUUAUUAAUAUACAUUGUACGGUUAACAUGGAUUUGCAUUGAGUUUGGCUCAUACCAGAGCGAUUUCUGAGACCGAAUCGCCCCUGAGACGUUCUUAAUGACCCCAAGUGUCGAUCUGUCGUCUGUUGGCGCGCCUAGUCGCUCCUUUUUGUUUCAGACGUCGAACUUAAUUAAAUCUUGCCUUUAAUUUGGAUCAAAGCGACUCUGGAACGCCUGUCUGAAAUGCGGGUUGAUGGUAAGUAUCCAACUCAGCAAUGAGGAACCAUUUCUUGACUUUCACCAAAAAAACAAAAAAACAAACAAACUGGAACGACACCAACAUUAGCAUGCUGUAAUAAUACAUGUAUGUUUUAAUACGAAAAAAAAACCCUGGAUUUUGUUAUGAAUGUUGGGCGUGCAGCAUGGGCGUUGUAUACGAGGGGAACAAAGAAGCGGUUGCCUUCCCCACUUUGCAAAAAAAAAAAA